GUCCUUGACUCGUAUAGGCCUAUUUUACUGUGCAUUGCUCGGUGAGCGACUUCGUGACUUCUUAAGUAUUAACGUGUUUGCACACACGAACCGUUCAAUAACAACCAAUGGAUUAGCUAGACUUGUUCGAUUGAUUUCUCUAUCAAGUGGACGAUUGUAAACCUGUGAUAUUCAUGACGAAUUUAAAUGUGGGAAUCCAUUUUGAAUUUGAUGGACAUGGUUUGACUGUCGCAUAACUAAGACAUUUAGUGUGGUAGAUUGACCCUCAAAUGUCGCAAGAUGAAUCGUUUGAAAGAUCGACCUCUAGGUUAUAAAGUUGGAUUGUUUUUAUAUUUUGUUGGAUUGGCGCUAUUUGUAUUGGGAUAUUCUAUACCAUCCUGGCAUACUAAAUCUAUCAGCAAAAGAAAAUUCAACGAUGGUUAUAAGAAUGACGAUUUAGAAGUUAUUGUAUAUAGGUCUGGAUUAUGGUUAACUUGUGAAGAUGGAUUAACAGACUGUGAUUUAUAUGAUGUUAUUCCAGGAUGGUUAAAUGGUGUCAGAUUCUGUAUGUCUAUGUCAUCUCUUGUUAUUGGUUUAGCUUUGCUCUGUGCUAUACUUUUAAACUUCACAGAUGCUUUGGAUAACAAAAAUGAAAUUAAGAAAAGAACGUUUGAAAUAUGCUGCUUUAUUGGUGUUAUCUUCGGAUUGAUAGGUUUCAUACUAUAUGCUACAAGCGUCAAGAGUGACAAUACAGGAAAUCAUAUUUCAUGGGCCUAUGCCGUCUGCUGUAUUGGUGAGAUCAUGAUUUUUGCUUCAGGACUCAUCGUCACAGUUACUCAUGUGAAAUCAGACGAUACCAAAACAACUAGUGUAUCUCAAUGGCCGUACGGUAUGGGAACUGGACUAGAUAGAUCAUUUCAACAGGAAACACAGAUUUCAGGUUUCCCAGAAAUAGACAAUCCCGCCUUUACUGACCCUUCACAGAUUCGAUUCACACGAACAACAGCAACCACUGGUCGUCCACCGAGUAUACAUUCUUCAAAUCAAACACUACAUGGCCCUAACGCAUUGGCUAACGCGUACCCAAUACAGCAACCCGAACCCGGUAGAGUUACACGGUUUCAAAAGAGAAAUGAAAAAGACCGAUAUUCAUUGAAUGAUUCAAUGGGCAACUCUACUGGACAGGCAUCAGAUUUUAAUGACGCACCACCAUCCUAUCAAUCCGUUAUAUCAGAAUCGUCAGGACGUUCUGUACCUCGGGAUCAAGAUCUUGGUGAUGGACAGCCAUAUUACAAUUAUCAACCACAUAUCAAUAAUGAAGUGACACUAUAA